GUAGCCCUACUGUUUCUGGUAUGUCAGAUAUGGAUUAUCCUUUGCAAGGACCGGGUUUGCUGUCAAUACCUAAUCUUCCAGAGAUCAGCUCAGUCCGCAGAGUCCCACUCCCCCCAGAGCUAGUGGAGCAGUUUGGACAUAUGCAGUGCAAUUGUAUGAUGGGAGUAUUUCCAGAAAUCAGCAGAGCUUGGCUGACCAUCGACAGUGACAUUUUUAUGUGGAACUACGAAGAUGGGGGAGAUUUGGCUUAUUUUGAUGGCCUUAGUGAAACUAUUCUUGCAGUUGGUCUUGUAAAGCCAAAGGGAGGUAUCUUCCAGCCGCAUGUACGACACUUACUUGUUCUGGCCACCCCUGUGGAUAUUGUGAUUUUAGGGCUCAGUUGUGCUAAUAUACAAGCAGGUACUGGAUCGCUCAAUGACAGUAUGUCUGGCGGAAUGCAGCUGCUACCAGACCCUCUCUAUUCACUCCCUACUGACAAUACUUACAUUCUGGCAAUAACUUCCACUGAUAACGGGCGUAUUUUUUUGGCUGGAAAAGAUGGCUGCUUAUAUGAAGUAGCAUACCAGGCUGAAGCAGGCUGGUUUAGCCAGCGCUGUAGAAAAAUUAAUCAUUCAAAGAGCACGCUGUCUUUCCUUAUUCCUUCAUUGCUACAGUUUACAUUCUCAGAGGAUGGUAAGUACUAA